UUAUUGUAAAAAUGAAAUUUAUUACUUAAAAAAUGCCUCUACCAAAUUCAAUUAAAAAUUUUAUCGCCAACAGUCGUGAUAAGUUGAAUCAAUUAGAUUCGAAUGGUUCGAAAAAAUCAAAUAAUUCACCAUCUACAUCAUCUAAAGGUCGAUAUUCAUCCAAUCGAAAUGAUAAUUUUAUCGCCAGCAAUAAUAAUGAUCUUUCAUCAAGCCAUAAAACGAGUGCCAAACAGACAUUAUCACAGAUUAGUGGCCUACAUUCACAUCGAAAUCUUAAACCAUCAUAUCAGAUGUUAUUAGCUGAAUCCAUGUAUGAUCCAAGCGUUUCCGUUCGGCUUGAUUCUUGUUUAACAUGUACAUUUGAUGAAUGUUUUACUGUCGAACAAAAUGCCGAUGUUCUUCUGUGUUUCGUCCAAUUUAUGGAAUCAUUAGGAUCACACGCUAAUAUAGUGAUAAAAUGUUUUCUUCAGACAAAUUGUCUGAUGUUUUUUAUUCAAGAAAAAUUUCCCGGUGAUAACAAAGAUCCAUCACUUGAAGAUCAAGAAGAACUUAAGAAAAAUUAUCAAAAUUUUCUUAAUGAUUUUCGACGAAUAUUUAAUCAAUUAGUAAAUGAAAAUAACGAUGCCACUAAUAUAACCGAUGCUGGCCAAUCAACCAAAAAUUCCGUGAUAAUCGAUUUAAACGUCCACUCAAAAGUGAUUGAAUUAUUUGAUCAUGAUGAUGAUGACCAAAUCAUUCCAAAUUAUCAACAACUCCAAUUAUCAUUUAAAAUAUUCGAAUCAUUUCGACAAUCUUUAUCCCAAAAAAUUGAAUGUGAAUAUUACGAAAAAUUUCUUCGUUCAAAUUUUUUUCUUAAAUAUGAAUCCGAAGUAUUGAGAGAGAAAAAAUUUCAACUUUCUGAUAUAUUAUUUUCCCAUACAUUAAUCUCGUCAGCUUUUAUGGAUUUUAUGGCCACUGAACGUAUGAAAUCUUUUGUCGAUUUUAUAGUACAAUAUCGAAAUUAUAGAAAAUUCUCUGGACAACAUUCCGAUGCCUGUGCUUUAUACAAUCGAUUUUUUAAUUGUAGUGCAGCUUCAAUCGAAAGCUUUCUUCAGGUUUCCGAACCAAUCAUUGAACAAUUACGAUCAUCAAUUAUAGAUCUAAAAGAUCCGAUAACAGAAUUUCAACCCGAUUGUUUUGAUCGAAUUGCAAAUAUUCUGUUGCAAUAUUUCUCCAAAACAUAUUUUCCACAAUUUCUUGACAGUAGUCAUUUUCGUGAAUAUAUACAGAAUUGUGAUCAAAAAUUACAAAAUCAAUCGAAAGCAAAACGAUCAUCAAUGAAAAUAUCAUCUGUGAAUGAUAUUGAAAAUCAUAAAUCAAAUUCUCUAAAUAUUGAUAUGACCAAUCAAUCAGAUCUUUUAUGGAAUCGUGAUCUAAAAGAUCGAUUACAAUUUACCUAUAUCGAUAAAUAUGGUCGUAUAAAUAGUACAUUAGAACCGGAGCCACCACGAUCAUCACCGGGUGUUGAUCGUUCAAAAUUGACACAAUUUUUUCGUCGACUUUCAUUUGGUAAUUCUGCUAAUCGAAUCCAAUCAGAAGAUGAUGCAUGGCGUAUAGCUGAAAGUAUUAUUAAUGAUGUUUGUUCUGUUACAAAUCGACAACAACCAGAACAUCCGAUUGAAUUUGAUGAUUCUAAUCAAUAAAUGAAUUAUCUAUAUCAACUCUUUUAUUUAUAUUUGUAUGAUUUGACAAUCUAAUUAUUUCUGUUUGCUAUUUGCAAAUUUUUUUUUUUGCUUGUCUGUUUUAUUUAUUACAAAUGAAAAUUAUAAUUUUUUAAAACAAAUGCUUUAAUAAACGAACGAUUACAAUGAGGGGAAAACCCUGU